AUGGAGGACCAGUCGCUGGAAAUUGAGGUUGAGGUCGCUGGAGAUAGAGAACAGAAUGGCGGCCGCAACUUAGAUAUGUCUUGUAGAAGUAGAGGUAGAGGAGCUAGAGGCACCAAUGACCUCAUAGAAUGCAUGGCUCAGAUUCUGGAAGCCAUAGUGCAUAAUCAAGGCGGAGAGUCAGCUGAGUAUAGAGGGUUAUCUACCUUCACUAGGCAUGAUCCUCCAAAGUUUGAGGGUGGAUUCAACCCCAAAGGAGCCCAGAGGUGGGUGGCUGAUGUGGAAAAGAUCUUCAAUGCAAUGGGGUGCCGUGAGGAGAACAAGAUUGCCUAUGCCACUUAUUUGCUGUGUGGGGAGGCUAAGGACUGGUGGAGGUUUGCCAGUCAGACCUUGCCACAAGAAGAUGGCUAUGUUCAGUGGGAAGCAUUCAAGACCAUCUUCUUGGGAAACUACUUUCCCCGAGACCUAAAGAAGCAAAAAGCUAGGGAGUUCCUUGAGUUGAAGCAGGGAAACAUGACUGUGGGGGAGUAUGCGGCUAAGUUCCAAGAGCUGAUGAAGUACUGGCCUCAUUAUCAGCAUGGUGAUGGAGAGGAGGAUCUGUAUGCUCAGUUUGAGCAUGGAUUGAGGCCAGACAUCCGGGCUGCAAUCAGUGUGUUUCAACUAACAGACUUGCCCACUCUGGUGAGCAAGAGCAGGAUCUUUGAAGCCAACUCGAGGGGGAAGACAGUGGACACUAGGGGAGCCGGCCCAGUAAGGCAAGAUAGAAGACCCCCUAGGUUCUCAAGGGAACCGUACUCGGGUUCGAACAGCUCUCAGUCUCGAGGGAGUUCAUCUCAGGAGAAGAGUAGUGGGAGUGGUUCAGGAUCAAGUUCUUUUAGAAGGUCGCUCAAGUGCUUUAGGUGUGGAGGGCCAUACAUGAUAAAGGACUACCACAGCCGAGGAUAA